AUGCCAUGGCCUGGACAGCGCGGUGCGCAGAAGCGGGCGCCAGGAAUCGAGAAGCUCAGCGCAAGGGACAGCGGCCGAAGAGGAGGGAAGAGCCAGCCUUCGUGGCAGCCUGGGAGGACCGAUUUCGUCAUGUUCUUUCUAUUCGCGCUGCUCCUGGCCACGGUCACCUCCUUUAUCAGCCUGCACAUUGUCCUGGCUGGGGUCGAGAAGGCUUCCGCCCCUACACCGAGGCGACUGAAGAGCUUUGCCAGCCAACUUCUGGCACGGGCGACUGGGAUGUCAAUCUCCUCCACUACGGCUGCUGGUGGUCUGACAAGCGGGGUCGCCACAGGCCUCCCCCAAGCUUCAUCCAUCGCGCCGGGCAAGGCGAUGGAGGUUCGGACCCCAUCGAACACUGGAAGCUACCAUGUCGGCCUUCCGCCGGCGGUUCCGAGGAGGUCAGCUUCUUCACCACAGAGCAGAGGCCAAGAAGAGGCGCGAGACACUGGGAAGACCCAUGCUGGCCUUCCCAAGGCGAUCGUCAAGAGAGCUUCUCCUGCCCCACCAGGAUCCGAGGCAGCUCGGACGUCUCCGUCCCCGCACGUUGGCCUUCCAAAAGCUGUGCCGAAAAGCCCACAGAGUCCAGCGGUGCAACAAGAGAGAGGCCGCCAGCAGCCACAGGCUGCCGCGCCCACUGGGCCGAAGGAUGCUGGCCUCCCACAGGCUGUGCCGAAAAGCAGCAUUCCGGGGCGGCCGGUGCAG